UUGUGCAACUAAAACUGUCACAAUGCUGUGUGGAGGAACCUCCGAGGCAAAGGAAGCCGACCAAGAGAUCCAGCAGCUCUGUGAUUCAGUGAAGCCUCAUGCAGAGCAACAAACAGGGAAGACCUAUGAUGUUUUCGCUGCCAGGAGCUACAAGAGACAGGUGGUGGCCGGGACCAACUACUUCAUCAAGGUCCAUGUGGGAGGAGACGAUCAUAUUCACCUCUGUGUUCACAAAAAGCUGCCGUGCAAUGGAGGAGAAACUUCGCUGAGCGCUCUGCAGGAAUCCAAAACCCAUCAAGACCCUAUCGAGUUCUUCUAAUGGAAUCGCAAACCAAGCAAAGCAUCAGUGCCUACAGGCUGCAGUCUCAUUAUAAUCCUGGCUCUUUAUACAAAACAAUGCAGUUACCAUUGCUUACAUGUAAUAACAUACUGUACAUGUACUGUACAGAUGUCAAAAUGGAACAUAACAGGAAAUGGAACUAUUUUGUAUGACUAAUAAAAAAAAAAAAAAAACAGAUUUGUUGUG